AUGGACCAACUCCCCUCCUUCGGCACCUCCAUCAGCGACAUAAUCGGCCCAACCCUAAAAACCUACGAACCGCUCCUCCUCCACAACGCCUCCCAAAUCCACUCCCUCAAGAAAGAAACCCACCCCUACGGCCCCCACUCCCGACAACAACUAGACCUCUACCACUGCCCAAACCCCACCAUCAUCAAUGGCCGCCGAGCCAUCUUGAUCUUCCUCUACGGCGGCGGCCUGAUCCACGGCUCCAAGACGCUCCCAGGCUACGCCCAGGACCUCUGCCAUGCGAAUAUUGCAUCCUUCUUCGCCGAGAAGUUUGGGUAUAGCACUGUGGUGCCGGAUUAUCGGCUUGUGAAUCAGCAUGAUGCCAAGUUCCCGUCUGGGGGUGAGGAUGUGGCGGUGGCGGUGGAGUGGGUUGUGAAGAAUGCUGAGAGGUUUGGGAAGGAGCCGGUGGAUUUGUUCGUGAUGGGGAAUUCAGCUGGUGGCGUGCAUUUGUCGACGCUCCUGCUUCAUCCUGAUUUCGUUGCGACGAGGGCGAAGGUCCUUGAUGAGGGACAUGUCAGGUUACGAGGUACGAUCUUGCUGUCGGUACCUUUUCAUUUCCGAAAGGCGCUGCAGAAUCGGCAGGAUGUGCUGGAGACGUAUUUCGGUGAUCAUGAGAGUAAGUCACCACUUGGACUUUUACGAAGUGCGAGAGAAGCUGGAGGUCUUGAUAUCUUGCAGUCGAAGCUUCGCGUCUUUGUGCUGAACGGUGAGCUGGAUCCUGAGGAUGAGAUUAUGAAGCCUAGGGAUGACUUUGUGGAGGAAUGGAUGAAGAUUGGUAGUGCGGAGAGUCGGAUGGCGUUGGCUGUGGAUUUCAUGCGAGGGCAGAAUCAUAUUUCUCCGUUUUGUAGUCUGGGUACUGGGAUUGAACGGGAAGAGGCUUGGGGACAUCAGGUUGGGGCUUUCUGUACGGAUAUCAGGAGGACCACGCCAUGA